CAGCCUGCUGUUGCUAGGUAACGGUGGACGCGGCCCGGCCUGCAGCGCUGAGCCAGGCCUCGGCCUUCACCCAACAUGGAGAUCACUCACGUCUACGCGAGGACACGCAGAGAAUUCGGCCGCUACUGCAACUUCUCCGACAGCCCCACCCAGGUGUGCGUGGACAUCCAGCCCGACCCCAGCUUGGCUGAUAACUUUGUGCUGAGGGACCCGGUAGAUGCCUGUGUGCAGCAUAGCAGCGUGUUGGCGGAGCAUGAGGCCAACACGGAGCGGGUGGAGGUGGAGAACCGUGGUGUGAACCAUGUAGAGGGCGGCUGGCCCAAGGAUCUCAACGCGCAGGAGCCGGAGCAGACCUUGCGUUUCCGCAAGAAAGUGGAGAAAGAGGAGAAUUAUGUCAACACCAUCAUCCACCUGGGGGAGCUGAUGGAGCACUGCGUCAAGCAGAACAACGCCGUCAACAUCUAUGAGCAGUACUUCACGGAGGAGGAGGCCGAUGAGUUUGAAUAUGAGGCUCCAUCCGCCAAAACCGUCAACGUCAUCAGGGAUCCAAAUGAGAUAAAGAGGGCAGCCACCCAUCUGUCCUGGCACCCUGACAAAGGCAGGAAGGUGGCAGUGGCUUAUUGCAGCCUGGAGUUCCAGCAGAGUGAGGAAGACAUGAGCUUUGACUCAUACAUCUGGGAUCUCGUAAAUUGCAACAAGCCAGAGGUGGUUCUCAAGCCGUCAUCCCCUCUCGUGUGCCUGAAGUACUGUCCCAAAGACUCUAACAUCCUGGUGGGGGGAUGCUACAAUGGACAGAUAGCUUACUGGGACCUCAGGAAGGGGAGGCUGCCUGUGGAGGUGUCCACCGUGGAGGCCAGCCACAGAGACCCUGUGUAUAGUGCAAUAUGGCUGCAGUCCAAAACUGGCACCGAGUGCUUCUCAGGCUCCACUGAUGGGCAGGUCCUGUUUUGGGACAUCCGCAAACUGUCUGAGCCCACCGAGAUACUGAUCUUGGACAUCACGCGCCAGGGGCAGCUGGAGAAUGCUCUGGGUGCCAGCACACUGGAGUAUGAGUCCACCCUGCCCAUCAAGUUCAUGGUGGGCACAGAGCAGGGCAUCAUCAUCUCCUGCAACCGCAAAGCCAAGACACCCCCCGAGAAAAUCUCCAGUACCUACAGGGGCCACCUUGGGCCUAUCUACGCACUGUGCAGGAACCCUUUCUUCCCCAAAUUCUUCCUGUCGGUCGGUGACUGGACUGCUCGGAUCUGGUCGGAGGAUGCGAAGGAAUCAUCAAUUAUGUGUACCAAGUACCACCUUUCCUACAUGACGGCCGGCUGCUGGAGCACUGUGAGACCAGCUGUCUUCUUCACCACCAAAAUGGAUGGGACGCUGGACAUCUGGGACUUCCUCUUCAAACAGAACAACCCAUCCCUCAGCCUGAAGAUCUGUGACGAGCCCCUGUCCUGCCUGAGCCUGCAGGACAACGGCUGCGUGGUGGGCUGCGGCUCAAAGCUGGGCACCAUCACCCUGCUGGAAAUCUCCUCUGGGCUCUGCACCCUGCAGAAGAAUGAGAAGAACCUGGCCAAUGCAAUGUUUGAGCGGGAGACCAAGAGGGAGAAGAUUCUGGAAGCCCGGCACCGGGAGAUGCGGCUGAAGGAACGUGCCAAGUCAGAGGGUCAUGUCGUGAUGGAGGAGACACCGGAUGAGAGUCCACAAGACAUUUUCGACCGUACCCAGAAGGAGUUCUUUGAGGUCAUUGAAGCAGAGCUGCAGAGGAGGGCACGGGCAGAGGCCCAGCAGUCGGACAGCAAGAAGGUUAAAGAACACGCGGAGGAGGAAGUGGUGGCUCCGGGGGAGGAAAUCGAGCUGCCCAAGUUUGAGGGAGAGGAGGAGGAGGAGGAUGAAAAGGAGGAAAAAGAGGAAAAGAAGGAGGAAAAGGAGGAAAAAGAGGAAAAGGAGGAAAAGGAGGCUGCCAAGGAGUCGUAGCAGACGGGACCAGCAGAUCGCACUGAAGCCGUUCACAGAUGCUCCCUGGCCCUUUGCCCUCCUGAUUUUUUCUGUAGUGUGAAUAAACAGGAGCUUCCCACAC